AUGAAUAAUCCAACAAGUAGCUGGAUUGAGAUUGGCGAUUGGUUCGUCUGUAAGAGAGAGUUCUAUCAGAUGACUUGGGAUGUAAAGGAUGAUUUCUUGUUACAGAAUAUAUUGGUGGCGGCACCUAAUGGUGGUCCAAUAGCAGUGACACGUGAUAAGUCAAAGGCUGUUGAACUCACUGCACAGAACAGCAAGCCAUACCUUCACAUCUACUCGGCCUCAGGACAACACAUCUCAUCGAUAGAGCUCAAAGAGACUGAAUGGAAGGCCAGUGUAAUCGUGAUCAUGUAUAAUAUAUUCUGUGAGGAGCAAUGCCAUUACACUUAUCCAACUAUAAGAGAUGAGGUUAGAGAGUGCAAGAUAUUCAAUGGUGGAGUUGUGAUGCUCACUGCCAUCAUAUCAGCCAAUGCUGGUGUUGUCAAUGAUCGAGUGAUUGGUUGGCGAUUCUAUUACAUCGAGUUGAACAAACCGGCACCAAUACAGUUUGCAGAUAUCAUGGAUAUGGAUAUUAAUGGUCCUUCUGCAUGGGAUAUAGUGGAGCCACAUAUGACAGCAACAUCGGUAUUGGAUGUUGAGUUGCUUGUUGCCACGAGAGGCUCAAUCUACAGGGUCAACUCAUCCGAGGCAAAGAACCAACUGUUGUCACACAACUUUGUAAAGUUGGUCGUUAGUCCUUGUGGCUUCAAGAUGGCCUGUAUCAGUCCAUCGGCGACACAAGACUGCUACGACCUGUACAUCUAUCGCACAGACUGCUCGCGUCACAUCAAGUAUCUCAACGCAUUCAAGAAGCUCCCGCGCUCCACCAAGUGGUCUGGCUCAGACGGAGUGAUGUUCAGCUGGAACAUUAAUCAAGUCAACAGUCUCAAGUACUUUGAGGAAGGACAGAACAUCGUUGUAUCGAGCAAUGAUUGUAAGGCACUACACAUUGUAACAGAGAUUGAUGGACUCCGCAUCAUUUCAGAGCGAUCCACCGACUUCUUCUGUCGCGUACCCAGCGAGACCAGAGACAUCUUCUCCAUCGGUUCAUUCACAUCAGCCUCAAUGCUUUAUGCCGCCACAGAGGAGUUCUUGAAUCAUAGCCCAAAGGCUGACGAGUUCAUUAGAGGCAUUAGGGCCGACUUGGAGGUGGCCGUCAACACUUGUAUCAAUGCAGCCGGUUUCGAAUACAACGCCUCGGAGCAGAGCAAGUUGUUGCGCGCCGCAUCAUUUGGAAAGUGCUUCCUGGACAAUUACAAUCCACAACUAUUCGUACAGACGUGCAAGGCGCUGCGUGUGCUCAAUGCAGUGCGUUACUAUGAGAUUGGCAUUCCCUUGACAUUGGAGCAGUACAACUAUAUUGGCGCCGAAGGUCUAAUCCGAUGCUUGAUCGAGCGUCGUCUUCACUUGCUGGCGUGGCGUAUCUGCGACUACCUCAAGAUCAAGGCCGACUUUGUAUUGGUGCACUGGGCAUGCACCAAGGUACGCACCAACGAGGACGAAGAGGUACUCAGCAAGAUCAUCAUCAACAAGCUCCAAGCAGUGCCAGGUAUCUCAUACGCCAACAUCGCCUCUGCAGCACACUCAGCUGGCCGCAAGUAUAUCGCCACCAAGUUACUGGACUUUGAGCCAAAGGCCGCCGACCAGGUUCCACCCCUGCUCACGAUGAACCAACGCGAGAUGGCCUUGAACAAGGCCAUCGAGUCGGGUGACACCAACCUGAUACAUCUUGUGCUACUGAACCUGGAGCGCAAUGAGCCCAGGACCUACCUAGACACAGUGUUCUCGAGAAAGGUGGCACUCGACCUGCUGCUCUCCUUUAGCAAGCAGAAGGGCAAUGUUGGCCUGCUCAAGAAGAUAUACGAGAUUCGUGGCCAGACCACCGACCUGGCCCUGCUACACCUGGGCGAGGGCUUCCGCAGCAUGGACAUGGACAUGCGCAAGCGUAGUUUUGAGGACGCCUCGAGGAUAUUCAACGCCUCCAAGGACAAGGACGUGCACAUCUACUCCAAGAUGGUGGACGAUCAGAUCAAACUCGAGUCGCUGCAGAAGGAGCUGGACACGAUGCGCAAGGAUCCAAACAAGGAGCCGAGCUACAUGGGUCUGUCAUUGUCGGACACCAUCUUCCAGCUGGUGCUCAUGGGCGAGCACAAGCGAGUGGCCAAGAUGCUCAAGGAGUUCAAGGUGAGCGACAAGAGGUUCUGGUGGAUCAAGAUCAAGGCACUGUCAGUCUCGCGUCAAUGGGAGGAGUUGUCACUGUUUGCCAACGAGAAGAAGUCACCAAUUGGCUACGAGCCAUUUGUUGAAGUCUGUCUCGAUCAAUCGCAGCAUGUCGAGGCGCUCAAAUAUAUACCAAAGAUUCAAGACGUUGUCAACCGAUGUCAGUGCUACGUCCAAGUCAACUACUUCCGUGAGGCUGCAGAGACCGCCUUCAAGGACAAGAAUAUGGAACUUCUGAAUUUCGUUGCCAAGAAAUGUACAAACCCUGAGGUUACUCGACAGAUUGAUCAAAUGCGAGCCCAACUUCAGAAGUAG